GGGGCGGUAUCUCGUGUGGGCUGUUCAAGGCUUCACGGAGAGUGAAUGUCGUCAUGAGCGAUCAAAAGGACAGUAUGGCCACCACUGUCGCAGUCAGCCCCAGUGAAUAUCUUCAGCCCUCCACCAACACUUCUCAAGAUUCACAGCCCUCCCCGCUGGCACUUCUGGCGGCUACCUGCAGUAAGAUCGGGCCUCCGGCCGCCCAGGCCCCAGUCAGCACGCUACCGUCUCAGCCAACCACGCGUCGUCUGCACCCCAUCAAGCCCGCCCCCAUUGCCCCGGCUCCACCCAAAAACCUCGGAUUCCUCUCAGCAAAGGGAAAUGUUAUCCAGCUGCCCACGGGACUUGGUUCGUCAGGGGCCAGCCCUAUUGUCUUCACUAUUCAGAGCCCUUCACGUCCAGCAGGCACAUCCACUGCCAACAUCCAGUACCAAGUGAUUCCUCAGUUCCAGGGAUCUCAGACCAUUCAAAUGAUGCCUCAGGGAGGACAGAUCCAGAUCAUCCCCGGAACCAACCAGGCCAUUAUCACCUCACCCGUCACAGUUCAGGCUGCCACACCACCUCUGGCCCCGGCCCCCCAGCAGAAGACGGUGGCGAUCAAGCCGUCUUCUCAUAAGCGGCGGCAGAAUAAUGCCAGCGUAAACGCUAACGUUGUACGGCUCCCCAGUGGACUCACGCUCCCAUUCAAUGUUAGUAUGAGCGAGGUGGGAGGAGCGCAGGUUGUUACGGAGACUGCUGCUGCUCCAGUGAAGGGCAAGAGGGGGAGGAAGAGACAGGUGGCUAUAGCCAUGCCCACCCCGACCCCUCAACCGGCCUCACCACCACCCGUAGCUGAACAGAUUGAAGCCUUGCUAAUAGAGACCACAGCCGACAACAUUAUUCAGGCAGGAAAUAAUCUCCUGAUCGUGCAGAGUCCAGGGGGGAGUCAGCCUGCCGUGGUGCAGUUGGUGCAGCAGAAUCAGCAGAAAUCAGAUCAGCAGAUCGUUCAGAUCCCCCCGCAGGCUCUAAAAGUUGUACAGGCCGCCUCUGCCACACUUCCCCCUGUACCACAGAGACAGACAGUCACGCCCAGUAUGCAGGUGUCCCCCCCAGAACCCACACAGGUGCUGAUUAAAACAGCCUCAGGUGAAUGGCAGGCUGUACAGCUACAUGAGACAACUGUUACCACGCCAACAACACCCACCAACACGCCCACAUCUGCCAUGGCCACUAAAAAGGCUCAAACGGGGACAAGGAAAGAAAGGACUCUCCCUAAGAUCGCCCCGGCUGGAGGGGGGCUGAUAACACUGAACGCAGCACAGCUGACGUCUGCUGCUCAGGCAGUUCAGACCAUCAAUAUUAAUGGUGUCCAGGUGCAGGGUGUUCCUGUGACAAUCACCAACGCUGGGGGCCAGCAGCAUCUCACAGUGCAGACGGUUCCAGGUGCGGGUCUGCAGCUGGGCGGUGUGCAGACACAGAUGCAGACCAUGCAGGUGGAACAGACACAGACACUCGCACUGGAACUGCAAAGUCAGCCAGGAGAGAAAAAGCGGCGCAUGGCCUGCACCUGUCCGAACUGCAAAGACGCAGAAAAGAGGCCAGGAGAGGUGGGGAAAAGAAAACACAUCUGCCACAUAGCAGGCUGUGAAAAGACCUUUCGAAAGACUUCGCUGCUGCGGGCGCAUGUCCGACUGCACACGGGAGAGAGACCCUUUGUGUGCAGCUGGGUCUUCUGCGGAAAACGAUUCACACGCAGUGACGAGCUGCAACGACAUGCCAGGACACACACGGGAGACAAACGCUUUGAGUGCAAUAAGUGUCAGAAACGUUUCAUGCGGAGUGACCACCUCACAAAGCAUUACAAAACACACAUCAACACAAAGAGCCUGUGAACGUCGUCUUUCACAGGGCUUUAAGAACUUUGAUGAGGGGGAUAAGAAAGAAAAAUGCUGUUCCCAGGGCUUGUGAGAUGGGAGGAAACAGAGGUCAACCCGCCUUCACAUGUAUGACAUGGCCCUGGAAGAUCACCUGUUUUGACCAGCCGUUUCAGGGUAAACUACACUCCCGCUGACCACUUUUUUUUACUCGCCCUCAUCAACAGAGAAACGCUGGCUGGCCGUAAAGUGUGGCCCUCAACUGGGAUUCAUGAAGAACAUGGAUGCCAGUUGUGUUUUGGCUGAUUCCUCUGUAAUACGGAGCAGAAAAGACGUCUGUCUUGGCACCAACAGACACUCGCUACUUUCCCCCCUGCACUUAAAUUUGUUCACAUGUUUUUGGUGUGUUUUAGCUAAACCAAGCCCCUCACAUGAAGUGUAGCAGCUAAUGGACAGUGUUUCUGGCUUUUAUUGUGUAAAUGUUUGUUUUCAUACAUACAAACAUACAUUUGUACAUACUAUGGCAAAUUUUAAUACAAAAGUGACGCUUUGGACAAACUAAUUAUAUUCAGUUGAUAAAUGAAUUUUUUUUUUAGUCUGCUUUGGAAUUUUAAACAGAAGCUUGAAACUUUGUAUAACUUUGGUUGGUUGUUUUUAAUAUUAGUGGAGGUUUGGAAAAGAAAUAUUUUGGCUUUUACAUACUUGUCCAUGUUAGACAAUCAUGUCUUAUAUAGAGGAGAUAAACAGGAGGGUAAAUAUCUUGGGACUUGCUACACGUUGAAAGGUUGAUCAUCAUAAUAAGGAAUAAUUUAUUUAUUUUUAAAAAAAGCUGAAAUGGCAUUGAAUGUAUGCAGGUUGUGUCUUUAUUAAAAGAUUGCAAAUGUGUCCGUUCAAAAAAAUGUAGAUAAAGAAGAACUCGUGUUUAUGUUCUCAUGUAAAGCAGGAUGAAAUGUCUCACAAAACAGGACGCAAUGUGAUAAAAAUGUGAUUGUUGUUACAUUAUACCAAUUGAAAUGUUUUAUUUCAUUUAAGGUACUUGCAAGUCCAUGCUGAUGGAUUUAAUGGUUAGCUAAAUUCAGUCAUUCCAUUUAAGUUCAUCCAAGUUUUUGUCCAAGCUCUCUAAAAGAGGCCUUAAGAAGAAAAAGAAUCUGUGCUUAUGUAUGUUUGUAUAGUGUCUGAGUUCACGCUGUUGUAUUUGGGUGUAAAAUGUAGGAUAAUUGUUACACAAACGUGUAUUGGCUAAUGUUGCCAAACAUGAAAGAUGUGGACUGUACAGUGUAAAUGAGAAGGAAAAAACAAUGUUGUAUAGUUUCAUUCCUAUAAUAUCUAAGACUAAUAGAUUACCCUUUUUAUUGACUAAAAGUUGCCUUAGUCUGCAGCACCCCAUAUUUAAAGAAAUUUGUCUCUUUCCAGGGAACUGCAUUUGUAGACCUGCUUUAUUAUAUUUUUUUCUUUUAUUAUUUUUUGUCUAACUUAUAAAGUGUGAAGAAAUGCCAAUUUAUGUGCACUGACCAAAUUCAGGGUUUUCACUGAGUGGAUAAUUAUUUUUUUUGGGUUCAUGUACCUACAUCUGAUUUGACAGAAUAAAAAGUUCUUUAUCUAUCCUUGAUAAACUCCACAUUUAAAGAGCCCUGGCUUUGAAAAUCGGUAGGUAACCCUGUGUUUGUAUAACUUGUAUUGAGGAGCUUAGAC